CUGGUCUAUAAAUUGCUCUCAGCCACGCCCUCCAUUACCUUUAAGAGAGACUCUGUAGUCUGUAGCUCAAAUCUUAUGGCUGAGUUCGCAGGAGAAUUGCAAAGCUUCAAACCUUCUUUCCCCUUCUUAGAGUUCGACUCGAAUAUGGAACUACUAAACCAGAUUGCAGAGUUGAACCCAACAGCUUUCUUGAAUCCCAGCCUGAAUUUACAGAGCUUCAUGGGAUUCUCCGGUGACAUUUCCUUCGCCCAGCAGCAACCUGAAUUCUCGAUGAGCUUUGCAGAUGAGACGACGGGUCUCCUCUACCAAGGCAGUCCGAAUGCAUUGCCGGCAGUUGUUCAACCAGCUGCUUCCGUUGGAGAUGUUGUAGUCCAUGAAAGUAAGAUUCAAAAAGCAACAGCGGCAUCAGAGAGCAGCUCCGGAAUCACUUCUUCUGCUACAGUUUCGGAAACGGGGUUGGGAGGAGAUACUCAUCAGAUUAAGAGAAAGAGCAGCCUAGGAAGAGGAAAGAGAAAGAGAAACAAUGAGAAAGAAGGGGAAAAACCAAAGGAUGUUAUUCAUGUCAGAGCAAGAAGAGGUCAAGCCACUGACAGUCACAGUUUAGCAGAAAGGGUAAGAAGAGAGAAAAUCAAUGACAGACUGAGAUGCUUGCAAGGCUUGGUUCCAGGAUGCUACAAGACAAUGGGAAUGGCAGUGAUGUUAGAUGAAAUAAUCAAUUAUGUUCAGUCAUUGCAGAAUCAAGUUGAGUUUCUUUCCAUGAAGCUUUCAGCAGCUAGUUCUUUCUAUGACUUCAACUCAGAGGUGGAGGUUAAUGAAACUAUGCAGGGGGCAAAUGCAUAUGAAGCACAAGAGAUAGAGAGGCUGAUGAGAGAAGGUUAUGGAGGAGGUCUCACUUGCUCCCAAUCAACAUGGCCCCUUUGACUCUACUUUUGGCUCUUAUUCCCAACUGCUGCAGGCCACAUGAACAAGCUCUAUUCCUUCUCUGCCAUAUAUCAAAUCUGUCUCCUGAUCAUGCUUUAUAUAGCACACGUGCAAACAAAACAUGUACUCCAAACCCAUACGCCCAUGUGGGGGCCAAACUUAAAAUUCAAUAAUAAAAGUUGUUUUAAUAUCAUUUAUCUUCAAUUUGUUUGUUAAUUGUCCUUAAUCCCAAAGUUCUGGAUGAAAUUUGUUUCCUAGUACCAACCAUUAAUCUAUGUAUGACUACCACCAUGUUGCCAAGA